CAACUCAUCAAGCAAAGCAAAGCGAUUUGUAAGCGAGCACAAGCGUUGUUUUGCUGAAAAGUAUUGUUUGGUUGAAUAUAAAGAAUUUCACAAUUUUUUUCACAAGUGAAUAAAUGCCAAUAAGAAAAUGAAGUUGAAAAAACCCAAAGAAGAUGUCGAGGAAUUACCCGAGGUUGUUCCUCCUCAGGCGGAGAUCAUAGAAGCAGAUUUGUAUAAAAGAUCAUAUUUCGGCCCUGAUGUGCCGACUUUGGAGCUUGAAUGUUGGGAGGAAGAGUUGUCCGAGAUACAACUGCAAGCUUAUAAGAACGCCGAUGAAGAGUACAAAAGUAUUCAGAAUAAGCUAGAUGAGAUGGUCAAGGAGACUGGCGGUGAAAUUGUGUACAACGGAGACCAGUUUACAGCCUAUCAACUUCUUGGGAAGCAACCAGUACUGAAGGAUUUGGAGAGGCAGAGCGCUGAGAUUCUGAGAUCUAGGUCUCGAUCCAUGUCUGUUUCAAAGGAGAAAACUGGCAGAAGAGGUCGCCCCAAGAAGUACCCCAGAGAAGAAGACCGUAAUUACUCACCAUCACCAGAAAGAACAAAGUCUCCUGACUCCCGCCACAAAAAGAAGAAGAAGGACAAGAAAAAAGAGGAGAAAGAAAAGGAUACUAAGACUAAGGACAAGACUCUGGCACCUUCUAAUGUGCACAGCGUAGUGACCAAUGUGAGGCCAUCAGAGGCAACAGCUAUUGGUGGGUUGUUAACUGGCAGCGCAACCAAAGCAACCGCUAUUGUGGACCUCACUAAGGAGGACGGGAACAAGAAUGUUGCUGAUUCGCGCGAAGUUUCCUUCAAUAAGCUACAAGGCAAAACAUUCCCAUCGCUGGUGGUGGUGGCCCGCCCCUACCUCCGCUCCAAGGAGGCGCCGCCGCCCUCGGACCGGUCGUCGCUGGACAGCAAGGUGAAGUCGGUGCUGAUGCACACGCCCAUGAAGUUCACCGAGUGGCUCAUCCAGCAGGGGCUGGUGCGCUCUGAGCAGUGGUGCGUCAUACACCCGGGGAACAAGCUCAAGUUGGGCAUGUACUCCGACGUAUCCAAAUUCCCCUACUCCGGCGGUUACGUGUGGAUCUCCGAAUGCUGCCCCACUCGCUUCGUCUCCGUCUUCUCCAGCUCCAUAUUCGAAGGAGCCACAUUCCCUCCGAGUGUCAUUCUCAAACUCAUAUACCAUUGGGCCUGCCAAACCAACGUGCAGAACGUGGUCCAAUGGGUGAAAGUCGACAAUUUAUAUGUCAAAGGAUUGUUUACGUGGUUGAGAGCUAUUUGCUCAUCAGCGAUCCAUCAACAUUUGAGUGUGUUGGGAGGGCCCGGGAAGAAGGUGGAGGUUGGAGUGAUAUCACUGGGCACCACCAGCCAUGAUGGCACGCAGAGGCAGGUCAAGGUCGAAGUGUUGGGUGUCUUGGAUGCGUCUGAAAAACUAAUUCGUCUCCGCGCCGUGGAGCCCCUAGCGGAACACGAGAAAAACUACAAGAAACGCUUUCAGAAGAUUCUAGAACCCCUCGGCAACUGGGUGCACACGUCAUCCAUCAUCCUCACCGACCUGACCGUAGACAAGGGCACUCUAGUGUCUAUGGGCUUCAAGAACGUCCAUCAAUCGUCUUCUCACGCCGAUCAGCCGUCGAGGAACACUAAUGCUAACAUUAUGGAGUACCUGAGAAGGAUCGUGCCUAGAAUGUUCCAGAAUACGCUAUCGCUGCUCUCGAGGCAGAUUAUACAGCAGUUUCUGGACGAACUCGUUUGGAGGGAAAGGUAUGGCAUAUCUCCUGGACAAGCGUUUGACAACAUCGUCAUGCACAUAUCGGAGCAGACAAAACUGGAGUCCAAGGACCCCAUCACAGUGCGACUCAACAAGAUCGCUGCUAACCCCUUCAAGAACUGGAAGUAUCCUAGCAAGAAAAACAAGCAUACGGAAGAGGCGGAACCGGAAACAAGCACGCGGUCAAAGCGCGGGCGCAAGAAAAAGGAGCCUUCUCCGUCGCCGCCGCCGAAGAAGAAGCGGAAGGCCGUCACCACCACCUACAUCGAGGAUGACGACGAUGAAGAAGAGAUGCCUCUAGCCCUCAGGCGCACGAAGAUCAAGCAAGAGCAAGACAGCAAGCCUAAGGAGAAAGGGAAGGACGAGCCCAAUGGCCGCGGUCGCCGUAAAGCUAUAAAGACCUACACGGUUGACGACGAAUUAGAUGACGUGCCACUCAAGGCGAUCAAGAAGGAAGUGAAGCCAGAAGAAACAGUGUCCAUGGAGCGAUACUACUUUGGACAGAUCGGCGGCGACGGCCCCACUGAACGGGUGCCCAUUGCGGUUGAGUGCCCCAUAUGCCACAUUGAGCUGACGAACAACAUAUCUCUGAUGCUGCACCUGUACCUGCACGUGGUGGGCACCCACUCGGACCACAUCUGCGUGUACUGCCUCGCGAGGUUCUCCAGCGAACCAGAGCUGGCCACCCAUCUCAACCAAGGACACCCAAGGGACACUAAAGCCAAGGAGAUAUUUACUUACGCUUGUCUCAUAUGCGAGGUGCGCUUCGCAGCAGUGCUGACCCUCGCAUCGCACAUGCAGAAGGCCCACGCUCCAUUAGAGCUGCCAUACCUCUGCUACGUGGCCGAGUGCGGCUACCGCGCCUCCAGCCACCGCGCGGUCGUUGACCAUUACCGGGAGAAGCACAACCAGACCGACACAGUGCAGUGUCCUCACUGUCUCAAGGUGUUACCGAUCUACGCGGCCGGCCACGAGCUGGCGUCCAACGUGUCGCUGUACAUCGACCACCUCAAGCAGCACCAGGACAAGGAGCUGGAGCUGCGCUGCAACCGCUGCAUCCUCAGAUUCGUGCAUCUUGGUCAAAUGAAAGAGCACCAAGUUCGCGAACACAACACGGUCGAGGACGCCAAGCCGCUGUGCUUGGAGGAGCACCUGGUCACCAAGCCCAAGACAAAGGCCCGGCCUCCAGUGAAGGACACGACGAGCCACGCGAUCACUGAGACGUACGAACAGCUGACGCUGGCGCUGCCGGCCGGCGCCGCCGCCGUCUGCCGCGAGUGCGACACGCCGCUCGACAGCGACAAGCAUUUCCUCGGUGAAACGAGCUGCACCAAAUGCCCAUACAAGAGUUCCUGCUACCGGGCAAUGUUGCACCACAGCGGCUAUUGUGCCGGGCCCAGUUCUCUUGAAGACGCUCCGAGACAGGCCAGCUACACCACGCACUGCGUCUGCGGGUACAGCACUAUCGUGGGCACGGACAUGCUGACCCACCUCCUGAUCUGCGAACACAAGACCGCGUACAGCUCCGAGCUGGAGGCUCGAGCUAACACCGUACAUGACGACCCUGCGCCCGCGCCCGCCCCCCAGACCAAGCCCGAGGAGUUACCUGCUGAGCAGUCGGACGCCACAGUGCCGCUGGCGGACUACGCGCCGCCGUCGGUGCUCAACACGCAGCUGUCGCUCGACGACCUCGCGCCGCCUUCCGUGCUACAAGCUGACCAGCACGACCAAGAGCUGCUGAAGGACGCAUACGACCGGCCGCUGGCGACGCCGCGCCACGAGGAGCCCCACUACACGCUCGGGGACUUCGAGCCGCUGCCGCAGGAGCCGCCGCCGCAGCCCGACUUCGAGCAACUUUAGAUUUAAAACUCACUUCUGAACAACAUAGAUCAUAAAAAGAGAAAUCUCUAAGACUCCUUUAUAUAUUAACUAGCGGCCCGUCCUGGCUGCGCUCGGGUAGAAACAUAAUAAAUUAUACCCCUAAACCUUCCUCAGGAAUCACUCAAUCUAUUGGUGAAAACCGCAUGAAAAUCCAUACAGUAGUUUUAGAGUUUAUCGCGAACAGACAAACAGACAUAUUACAUAUCUUAAUUGAGCAAUAUGUAAGGAUAUUGCCCAAUCAAGAUAUAUAAUGUGUAUUGGAAAUAAACCAGAAAAUAAGGACAGUGUGAUAUGUUUUAUCUCACAUCCUGCGUGCCCAGUUUUACAAGCCCUCCGGACCAUUAUGUUGAAUUCCAGAAAAAGGCUC